AUGCAGCUGGUUCGUUACGUUCGAUAUUUGGUGCAGUCACUGCACUUUCGCUUCGUGACGACGGUUGAAGCCCUCCGCCCAGGGACAUGGAGGGAACAGCAAGACCAGCUUAUCUCAGGAGCUCGACAGAAGUCUCAGUACUAUUAUUCCCCCCCAAAAAGAAAAUUUUUUACUAUUACCGGAGCGAUAGCGGCUAUGCUGGUACUUUGGUAUCUUUUUUCGCAUCCACGGCUUGAUCCGACUCCCGUCGACGAACGUGCUUGCCAACAUCCAGUCGCUCGGCUUGUAUAUGAUGCCGAGCAGGCUUUGAAUAAAACAUUGAGUCAACAGUCGAAGUCUUUGGAGGAAGCAGUGGUGGAAUAUCGACGACGAUAUAAGAUGCCACCACCUCCCCAUUUUGAUAAAUGGUAUGCGUUUGCGACGUCGCGAAACACGGUCUUGAUCGAUGAAUUCGAUACGAUCUAUCAUUCUAUGCUGCCUUUCUGGGGACUUGCACCCAGCACGAUCCGUUCGCGUGUGAGAGACGACCUUGGGAUUGAUUACUUCAUCAUGGGCUUUGCCAUUCGCGACGGCAGAGCUAUCCAUCUGGGCAAUGGCCAGGGGGAUUUCCAGAGGGAUGCAACAAUGAAGAUCCUGGACAAGUUCUCUCAAUGGUUACCGGAUAUGAACAUCGAAUUCAAUGUACACGACGAGCCGCGAGUGGUGGUCCCGCAUGAGGAGCUGCACAUGCUGAUCACUGAAGGCUACGCAGCCCACGCUCGGCUAAGUGGUAAUUCGUCAUUGUUGAAUCUAUUUUCGCCAGGGGAUGUCAACGAUCCUGUCCCACCAGUGCCGGCCUCCACGAACAGAUUCAACGACCUCGGGCGCCAAGAGACAUGGCUCUAUUCGCGGCUCUCGUGCCCACUAGACACACCUGCUAGAGCUCUGAAUGGCAACGCACCAGACAACUCAAGUGCUUACGCAGUAGGUCCUUUGGGCUUCGUGUUCAACCAGACCGCCGCUAGUGAUGUGUGCAACAGUCCAUCGCUGCGACAUCGGCUGGGGCUAUUUGGUCACCCAGACUCUUUCAAGGUGACAAAUGAGCUGGUCCCGAUGUUUUCCAUGUCCCAUCCGUCUUCAUUCCAAGACAUUCCAGUCCCCUCUCCGUGGUAUUAUGAAGAUUUAUCGAAAUUCGAGCCAGAAACGUCCGUCGAAUGGGAGAACAAGAAAAGCCAGCUAUACUGGCGCGGAGCAAGCAAUGGAGGACAUAGCCAGAAUGGCAGUUGGCGGAAUCUGCAGCGGCAGCGUAUCAUUGGAAACUUGACACAUCCACAAUCGCCCCAAUAUCUCAUGCAACCAACGGACAAUUCAAGCUGUAUUGCGGGCCGCAGCGAAGGCUGGGAGGUCAAAAUCGCAAAUCGAUCCCAGAUCGAGGGAUACUUCAAUACCCAAUUUGUUGAGAUUGUGGCUUGCGAUGAUGAUUGUGAUGAGGAGACAGAGUUUUUCGGCGAUCUGGCGGAACCAGAUCCUCUAACUGAGGCCUGGAAAUACCGCUACCUGUUGGAUAUGGAUGGUCAUGGAUACAGCGGGAGGUUUUACGCCUUCAUGCGCAGCAAGAGUGUUCCCUUCAAGUUGACUUUCUUCCGGGAGUGGCAUGAGAAUGUUUUGAUCCCAUGGGUUCACUAUGUGCCGAUUAAUAAAGACGGGAAGGAGAUUCCUGAGUUGAUACGGUUUUUCGAAGAAGAUCCUGCCGGUCAGCAGAUUGCUCGAUCUAUCGGUGAAGGGGGUCAAGCUUGGGCGAACAGGACGCUCAGAAAUGAGGAUAUGGACGUUUACAUGUUUCGACUUUUCUUGGAGUACGCCCGUGUGCAAGAUGACCAGAGAGAGAGUCUGGGGUUCAUGAUAUAG